AUACAUCAGCGUGACUCGGGAGCCAAUAGGAACACAGGAUUUAGGCAUCAUAACUUGUACCAACAAUGUCGUCGGAGGGAGAUUUUCUCACUCGUUAUCGAGCAGUGUCAAACAAGCUGAAGAAACGUUUUCUUAGGAAGCCUAAUGUCGCAGAAGCAAGUGAGCAGUUCGGUCAGUUAGCUAAAGAGCUGAAACAGCAGGACUGCCUUCAGUAUGCAGCCUUCUGUAAUUUGGCCAUGGCUCGGUGUGAGCAGACUCUCUUCAAUGCCCCAGGGGAGGCUCUGGCUCUGACCGAUGCCGCCCGACUCUUUCUAGCCUCUGAGCAGGAGACCCGAGCUCUGCAAGCACCAGGCUUUGAUGAGCAUCUGCAGGCUGCACUCAACUGCUACAGCUUCGCCAUAAAGGUUUAUAUUGAGAUGAAUCAGCCGGUCAUGGCUGCCAGUCUUUCCCUUGAACUUGGAAAAGCGCUCAAGGAGAUGAACAAGCCAGGAGAGGCUAUCAUCCACUUUCAGAGAGCUGCAGAGCUUCAAUCACAGAUGCCUAUCGAGGCUUUGUUGUCUUUUGGAGAGAUGGCUUCCUGCAAAAUACUGAGCCGUGAUUAUGAUGGUGCGCUGGCUGUCCUUUCAGAAAUGCAGGCCAUGUGUCAGGAGAGAGGGCUGCAGCUUCCUGGUACAAAUACCCCUGUCGGUGCCUUUAUGGAUAUAGUGGCAAAGUGUGAAAUCUCCAGAGUACUUCUGCUCAUGUUGCUUGAGCCUCCUCCACAGAAGCUACUGCCUGAGCAUGCACAGACACUAGAGAGGUAUGCUUGGGAGUCUUUUGACUCACACAGUCAAGUUAACUUCCUUGCCGAAGAUGUCUUCCUCCUUCUGCAGUCUGUGGUGAUGGCAUGUCAGGAAAAAGACAUUGAAUCUCUAAAAUCUCUGCAGACAGAAUUAUGGCCUCACCUCUCUGCUGAACAGAAUCACCUCCUACACCUCAUAGUGCAGGAAAGAAUCAGCCCCUCUGGUCAGGGGGUUUAGUUCAGACCCACAUACAACCAUGUGACAUCACUCGGUGUCUGGUCCACUGCCUGGCGCAUCACAUAGGGAGUCUUACAGAAUGACAGUACUAAGGCUAUGGUACAGUUAUAACUGAAUAUUCAUAUUACACUCAAUGACUUGUUAAAGAAUAUUUUAUUUCUUAACAUUGACAAAUGUGAUGUACACACAGAACAUGUCUGCCACGGGACAUGAAUCUAUAUUUUGUCCUCCAUUAAGUUUCAUUUUGGAUCAUUGCACUUUAAUAAUUUUACAUUUUUAGUAUUUGUUACAUAAAAUAGAUUGUUCAUUUGAUGUAAAUAAAUUCAAGAAUUAAUCAUG